AACACACACGCAGUGCUGUGUCUCGUGGUCCUGAGUCACACACACUCACACACUCACAUCAUACCUUGAUGUGCAGUUUCCUCAGUCUCGUCUCAGGAUGGACGUCUGCUUGGUCUGCAGCACUUUGCUGUUUUCUGUUAUAGGAGUCCUCGGCUCCGGAGACGACGGCUGGUCCAUGAACCUGCAGCCGGAGGUACGAGCCAUCGAGGGUUACCCGGUGGUGCUGCCCUGCACCUUCAGCCACCCGCAGCACUCCCAGCAUUCCUCCCUGCAGGUGUUGUGGCGUCUGGGUCACGGUCAGGGCGCCACCGUCCUAUACCGCUGCACCAGCCGGCCGGGGGCCCCCACCUGCGAGCCGGGGCCCCAGCAGGACCAGCGCUACCGGCUGGAGGGCAACCCGAGGGAGCACGACCUGUCACUGCGCAUCAGCAGCGCCACCCUGCAGGACAGCGGACGCUACUACUGCAGAGUGGAAGUUCAGGGACGAGAACACAUCAGCUUCGAGGACAAGAUGGGAACCAGACUGAGAGUGGAGGCUCCUCCAAAGAUCCUGGCUCUGUCAGUGGAGGGCAGUGAGCAGUCCGGUUACAGAGCCCUGUGUCGGGUCCAGGGCUCCCCGCUGCCGGACGUCCAGUGGCUCGGCCCGGACGACCUGCUGGAGGGUUCAGAGGUCGGCCCGCUGGCUCAGGGCACCGCGGCUCACUACCACACCGUCAGCCAGCUGAGGGACGUGGAGCCGGGCCAGCAGUACACCUGCAGCGCCUCCAACCCGCUGGGCAAAGAGCAGGCCACCCUGUACGUCCUGCCCCCCCGACCCCCGCUGUCUGUGGCAGGGGCAUCUCCUCCUCUUCUGCUCCUCCUGUCAGUGUCUCUGGGGGCAAAGGUCAUCCUGAUGGUGGGGCUGGGAGUGUGGAUGGUGCAGGGAGGAGCUCUGCAGGGACUCAGCUGCUCGUGGAAGUAACUGCUCUGAUUUAAUGUCUGUACUUUAAGCAACACUUUAUAAGUAAGUUAUUUAGCAUCAAACAUCUUUAUUUUUAAUUAAAAUAAAGAUGGACUCUGAUCUCAGUGCUUGUUAAUGUGUAUGUUUCCAGCUCUAACUCAGAGGAGUCAGAUUGUUAAUCAGAGGAGGUUCUGUAUAAUCACAGCAUCAGUGACAGCAGAGUAAAGCACUGUAAUAUAUGAUCAUAAUAUUCUAUAGAACACAAAAUAUGUUAGAAUUGACUGAGAAAUAGUGCAUUAUUAAACACUUCCAGCUACAGUAUAAAUCAUUUCUUAAAAUGUAUUAAAUGUUUGCUCAAAGCUCAGAAAUGCUAAACGACAAAAGCUCGAUUUUACAGUUUCAGACGCCAUUUUGUCCUGAUGAACAAGCAAUAAAGUUCUGAUGAA